CUCUCUCUCUCUCUCUCUCUCUCUGAAAACUGCAUUUCAAGGUAGUGGAAAUGGAGUCGGUUUCCCUGACCCAUGCAGUAUUCGCUGCAAAUAGGAGAAACCCAGUUCAUCUAAGAAAAAGAAUUCGAUGGCAACCCGGUCGAUUUCGUAUGGGUGUUAUGAUCUACUCCAAAAAAUCUGAUUUUCAAGACUUUCAGGGCUAUGCUAAACCUUUGCGUCUUCUGCCAGCCACGAAAGUAGAAGUCUGCACAGGAAAGUCAGAAAAAGAGAGUUUCUCUUGUUUUAAUUUGAAUGAAUCUGAGUCUUUAUUUAAGGUUAAGUUAGAGACCAGUAACAUCUAUGGCUCCAGUCUGAGCAAUUUAAGCGCUGGAGUACUUCUCUGCUUGAUGGAUGAAAAUGGAGACUCGGUAUUACAGAGAAUUCCUGCAAAUCUAGUGACUGAUCAUUCUUCAGAAUCGGUUGAUCCUGAAAGACUCGGAUUCCAAAGGGGGUCAGUCGAUGAAUUCACCUUCUUGGGACCAAAACUAGGAAAAAUUAAAGCUGUUUGGGUCAGCCUUGAAUCAGGUCAAUGGAGACUCAGAGACGUGAGCCUCACCAUCCUCAACACAUCUAAAAAUUUGUUGAACAAAAAUGGUAGGGAGGAAACGGUGUAUGUUGGUUUCCAGUAUGACUUUGAAACUGAUGAUCUUUUGCUCGGAGAGGGAGGUGAAGUAUCCAUGGUAGAAUUAACACCAUCGCUUGUUACUGAAACAUCCGGAAUCAACCCUCUCACCCUGUUGAGUAGAAACGCUUCAAAAUCAGCCUCUCCAAAUGAAGCCUUAUCUAAUGAGGAAAGCAUGAAGGAAUAUGCAGAUUUGAAGCUGUCUUUGUUAUUUUACGAUGCAAUUCUUGUAUUUGUUGGCACGUCUAUUUCAUCCCUGUCAUUCGGGAAAGGUUCUGGGGUUGCAUUCCUGAUUGGUGGAAUCACCGGAUUUCUGUAUUUGUUGCUGUUGCAAAGAUCUGUUGAUGGACUACAGGUACCCGGCAACGAAGAGAAUGAUAAUCAAAUAAUUAGAGGUUUCAAGGGCCCAUUACUGAGCUUGGCGCUGGCGAUUGCAAUUUCUGUUGUAGCAGUGAAGUAUGGUAGUAGUACAGGAGAUGAUACAGUCAUGUUUACAGCAAAAGAAGUGUUGGGAGGAAUGAUGGGAUUUCUGGCAUGUAAAGUAGCUGUUGUUUUAGCAGCAUUCAAACCCAUGACUCUGAACUUGAAAGAGAACAAAUGAUAAUACAUUUUUUUUUUUUUUCCUCGCCUCAUCUGUAGAUGUACUCUGAGUGGAGUUGGAAUAGGUUUAGAAAGUAAAAGGCUAAAAGUGUAAUGAUGAUAGUGUUUCACAUGUAUGAAUCUUCUCCAUACA